GCUCUCCAGAUGUAGGGGAGGGCAGCAUUUUCUUCACCUCCGCGCCUCCAGAUGAAGGGGGGGCAGCGCAGGGCUUUUCGGUUGGACGGUUCUCCAGAUGAAGGGGGGAGCUGCACAGCAGUCAUCACAGAUCUCCGCCAACGCGCUUCCAGAUGUAGGGGGGGCAGCGUGGGCAUUUGUCGUUGUAGUCGGCGCGCUUACCAGGGUGGUGAGCAGCAGCAGGUUUUUUCUUGCCGGUGGUUGGGAGGAGCCGGAGUCCGCUUGGCAAUGGAGAGAAGACCCCCGCCAAGACCGACAAUCCGGUUGGUACCUGUAGCAGAGAAUACUGGUAGCAAUUUGAGUUUUCUUGGCAGAGAAUACUGGUAGCAAUUUGAGUUUUUUUGUGUGUAGUCGCACAAUAUGGGAGGGCAUCCAUUGUGGCGUUAACCCGAUGUUAGUGAACGCGCAUGCCUCUGACGACAUCCCCUCAACAGUCGCUACCGUGUUUGGACCGUAUCAACGUCGUUCCUUGGUGUUCGAAUUGUAGGCCAGAUGUCAAGGGGGAGCACAGCUGUGUUCAGCUAACGUUGGUUUAGUUAUAUGUUUGUUUUUUCCCUUAAAAUGUUGAGAUGAUCAUCCGAACCAUCGAUGUAGUUUGGUCCGCUUGGUAUGUCGCCAUGUAGGGGAAUUGAAGUAGUUCAUAUGCCAACGUAGCGCUGUAAUUGGCCUUCGUUUGUAGG